CGAUCUCAUCCAACAUGGCGUCCGCUGAACUAUCUGGGUCGUCAUUUUUCCGACAUUUACAAUGCAGAGAUCUUCACCAAUAUUUGGGAAGCCUACCGUCUGGUAUAUUAGAUCGAUUGUACAAUCACCCAGCGAUUUGCCUAGCAGUUUUCAGGUGGGUGUAGUGCAUUACAGGCACGUGUUGGCUAAAUCUAUUUAUUAUUAAAGUAAUGGUAGCUCACUUCGCUUGUUCUAGGGGUGGAUAACUCUAUCCACUGGGUAAAUCCCUUUCCGGUGGAUGGCACAGUUUUUUUUUGCAGACACCCACCAGCUGGAUAGCGAUUUAUCCGUUGAUAGCGUUAUUCGCCCUUUGAACACCUGUGCCAAGAAUGAUAGUAAUUGUAAUAAUGAUGAUGAUAAUAUUAUCAUCACAGGGGCGGAUCCAAGGGUGGUUCGGGUGGCUUGAUCGAACCCCCUAUACUCAAAUGAAGAUGUUUAAAAGCAUGUGCUAUUUCUGACGAAAAACUUAAGUGGACGUAGUGUAUGUUUAAAAUAGCUUAACAGCAAUUGUUUCAAAGGCGUCAAAAACAUCUAAUCAUCCCUACCCUUAAAGACUAAAUUUCAACAUUUUCCUAGUAGGGCAUACUCCCUUACCCUCUACCCAACCUUUUGUAAACUUUUGUCCAAUCCUCCCUCCAUCAAGUCCUGGAUCAGCCUCAGCAUUGGCUUUUAUAAACAAUGAUAAUGAUAACAGUGAUUUUAUCGUCCUUAUGAUUAUUGCAAUAAUCAUAAGGAUAAUAAAAACAGAAAGACAAUGUUGAUAAGUUUGACAUUGAAGUUCAUGUUUUGCCCCUUUCUAAGAAGAUACAAUUAGGCACUAAAUGACAAAAAAAUGUAUUCAAAAUUUUGAGACUCUAUCUUGCUGAAGUAGAAAAGAGCAGCUGUAGAUGCACUGAAUUUGCAAUCCCAAGUUCAAAGGUGAGGAUAACAAUUGGAAAAUUUUCAAAAAUAAGACCUCAAAGAUGUCAUUUCCUGUAUUUUGAAGUCAGGAAUAAGUAGCACAGAGAAAACAGAUAUUUUGCUGUCCAGACUAACAGUAAACUAAUUCACAAACUUAUGGGGUAUGACUGGCCAUGUUCAUCACAGAGAAUUACCAGAACUUGCCAAGCAAUUUGUGAUGAGGACUUUAUUUGCUGAUCAGCCUGUACCAGAAACCCUGGUAGCUGCAUGGGUCAAAACAGAUUACCAGAAGUAAGUUAUUGCAUCUAAUUCUUACAAUCACCAAUAUAAUUCCUAGUUGAUUGAUUGCCUCUUAGAUGAUGUAAACCAACUCUCUGGUUAAAUGACAAAUGCAAUAACAGACAGUUUGACAGACAGAUAGGUGGAUAGAUUGAGAGACAGAUAAACAUACAAAUGGACAAACAGACAGUUCAGGACAAACCACAUAGAUGAAUGUUUUUAAAGUUGACUCCUGAUGACUCAAACCUUUCCUAACUCAAACCUCAUACUGACUGAAACCAAAGUUGAUUUGCCUGGAUUUCUUUGUCCUUUUUUGAUUUCCCGAAAGGUGUCAGUCUAGUUCAGGUUUCUUUGGUUUAACUACAGUUGCCUUUGACUUGAACCUUUUUCAAUCUCUAUUGAAGGUUUGAGUUAUUGGGAGUGGACUGAACAGUUCAUAUUUUGCAUAUCAGCUCAUUCAAAUGCACUUAGUUACACUAAAGAAACAAUAAAUGAAACAAGUCCAAGUGGUGAAGCUCUGCUUGAUCUAACAAUUAUUGUACAUGUGUGUCUUACUCUCUUUAGCUCCCAGGAUCUGAGUGUUAACCCUUUAACUCCCAAGAUCUGAUUGUUAAUUCUCCCCUCUAGCUGCUAUAUAUUUCCUUAGAAAUUGGUUAUGAGAAUUUUAGUGUUAGAUGAUGAUGACAACCUCGCCUGAUAAGUUUGAGUAUUCUCAUCACCUGUUUGUUGGAUAAUGUAGGGAUGUUAUUGGGAGAAGUUACAUGGCAAUCACUCUUGGGAGAUGAAGGUUCAAUUCUCCUUUCUAACUGCUACACAUUGCCUUGUAAAUAGGUCACAUGAAAUUGGUGUUUGAUCAAGAUGACAAUUUUUGUUGGAUAAGUUUGAGUAUUCUCAUCACCUGUGUGCUGGAUAAUGUAUCGAUAUUAUUGGGAGAAGUUACUUAUUAAUCACCUCUGGGAGUUAUGGGGUUACAAGUAUCAUUGUUACUACUGACACUUAUUAAGUAAAGACAAAAAGUAAUGUACAGAAACAUGCUGCCUGUGUUGCCUUCAAACAUACAUUAUUUUACAUUCUGUUACUAAAUUAUUAUGCAAGAUACACUGUAACUUUUGUUACCCAUGGUAGACAUUACAUAGGAUCUAUAAACAGACUGAAAAGCCUCAGGAUUUGGAAAGAAUCAAGUGGUGGAAUACCCAAUAGGCUUGAAAUGAAUGCAACCUUCCGGGGCAAUCUCAAGAUUGCUCUCUGUGGCGGGUAAUUAUGAACCUUGAUGUCAGCAUUUUGUAAUAAAGUCUAUGAUUAAGUUGGGAUAUAAUGCAUUUUGUCAUUGGUUGAAAGAGUAUGCUCUAUCAGAGUACAAAAUAUAGGGCUGAGGUAAAGCUAUUGCCAACGGCCAAAUUGCACUAUGUCAGACUAUUUCCUGGACUUCUCUCUGGUUUUUUUGCAUUAAUUGGAAGUGAAAUUUCAGAAUAAGCAAGUUGGCAAGUGGCAACAGAAGAAUAAAACAAAGGUUCGAAAACAUGCUAAGUGCCUUAAUUUACAUUAUUAUGAGAUGAACAAAGACAAAAUCCUCAAAGAAAAAACAAAUUAGACAGUCCAAAGUUUAGGUAGGAUUUAGGAAGUGGCUAGAGCACUCAAGAAGUGUAAAGAAACACACAACUAUGUCUCUUGUUUCUCUUUACACUUCUUUCAUGCUCUAGUCACUUCCAAUGUGCUUUACAACAGAACAGAGCUCAGUCAAUGCUUCUCUUUUUUGUUUAGAAAAAGAUAUGAAAUAUUUAAUAAUACAUAGAAAAAAUGUUAAUUGUUUUUUUAGAGGAAAUCCAUGGAUAGGAUCUGGUGAACAACCUGAAAGAGACAAGCAUGCACGUGACAUUCCAUUUCUUGAUAAUUAUAGUAUGGAAAGGUGGGAGGUAGGUGUGCACAUGCAUUUGAUAAUAAUUAUUUUUAGACUUGGUCAUCAGAGCAAUUUUUUAUCUCUAAUUACCAUGGGACUUACAAAAAUCAAACAAAAAGGGAAGGUUUUUUUUUUUUCUCAGAAGAGUUAUCGCUAUGUUCAAUAACCCUUUACACCCUAAUAUCACGAUCCAUAUUCUCCACACUCUUCUCUGUAUGCUUCUUUUGGUACUGACAAGGAGAAUUUAUUUGGUGAUCAAAGCUUCUUAGGUUGGCAGUCAUUUCCUUUAUUCUCAUGAUCUUAAUAAAUGGUUCAGCAGUAUUUCUGUAAGAAGAAAUUAGAUGCUGGCCACUUCUAGGGUUUAAAGGUAUAAAGAAGGUACAAACUGUAGAUGCAGCAGGGUUCAUAUUUGUCUUAAAAAAAGACAGAAAGCAAAGGAAAUCUGCAACUUUGUUUUAUACAUUAGAAAAUGAAUGAAUGUGAUUUUUGAAGACCUUCAAAACAAGUGACUACAGGAUUAAUUAAAGGAUUGUUUUUGCAUUAUUUUGGUCCUAGAAACAUUCAAAAAAGUCUGAAGAAGUUCAUAAUUUGUCACAAAAUCUUACGUAGUUUUGAAGGGUACAAACCACGUUUCAGAUAGGUGGUCUGGUAAUAUCACAAGUGUUCUUACUGUUGGUUUUUUUGCACAUCUUCAGUCUGUUCUUCAUUUUAUGACUGGUUAUACUUCAAGUGAGGAAAGUGCAGCUGUUAGUCAGGAUGUUGUCCGUGUGUUGGUUUUAUCGGGACUCAUGAAAUGGUAAUUGCCUAUUAGUUAUUCUACACUAAAUUUUACAUAACAUUGUGUAGAGGAUGAUGCAUGGUAUCAGCAAUUUUAAUUGUCUUUUUCAUGUUUUUGUGACUUUUGUAACAGUGAGACACCUGGUGCAUCACCAGUUAUAAGUCCUGCGGGAUUUCAAUUUUUACUCAUGGACACAGCUUCACAAGUUUGGUACUUUAUGAUACAAUACCUGGAGACUGUUGAGGUAAACACAUCAACUUCACCAUGUGUCAUUACAACUAGUGCAACUGUAUGUGCUUGACAAAUGCACAGACUUGGUACAUGCAGUCUGUAACUACUUUGAAAUCUCUGCCGGUCAUUAAAUAAAUUUAAUUUCUGAUAAAUUUCUUCCCUCCCUUUUCCCAAUGACUUCUGCCUUUCUACUUCCCUUUCCUUUCUUUUGUGUGCUUCAAAAAAUAAUUACCCCUUUUUUCUCAUUUACUUUCAAAUUUCUUGUAUAUUUUGUCAGGCUCGAGGCAUGGAUCUUGUGGAGUGCCUGUCUUUUCUAUUUCAGAUUAGUUUUGCAAGCCUUGGCAAGGUCAGUUUCUAUGUGAUAAAAUAAGUUCUGCAAGUAGAUUGGUUAUGGGAAUAGAGAUGAUUUACAAUCAUCUUGGAUAGUUUCUAUAUCUCGUAUCCCAUAGAUAGUUUGAUUUAUAAUAAUAGAUAUAAUAAUACAUAUUUAGGUCUUCCCCCUUUGAGUUAUAGUUGUAAAAUUAUAUACUUAGGUCUAUUUCUGAAUUAUAUACUGUCUUCUGGCCAAUUAGUAAAGCUUUACUCUUGGCUUUAAGAUUGAGACUCAAAUAAAGUUGUUAUCAUUAUUAUUAUUAUUAUUAUUAUUAUUAUUAUUAUUAUUGUUAGUGUCUUGAUCUUCAAGAAUUUGAUAAACAGUCAUCAGGGACUGUUGAAUUGUGACUCUUGGCUUUUAGAUUGAGACUCAAAUAAAGUUGUUAUCAUUAUUAUUAUUAUUAUUAUUAUUAUUAGUGUCUUGAUUUUCAAGAAUUUGAUAAACAGUCAUCAGGGACUGUUCAACUGUGACUCAUUAAUGGUAAACUAAGUGCUGCUAUUUGAGAGGAUCACACCAACUUAAUCGAUAAGAAGAAGCUUGUUUGACUGACUUUCUCAGUUUUGGGGAUAACAGCCUAUAAAAUAGGCACCAGAGAUCAAAUAACUCUCCAGCUGCUGUAUAGAACAUUCUGGGAAAAAUUAAGAUGCUUUGAGCUAUUUUUUUAUCUAGAAGAAGAGCCAUCGAAUACAUGUACUAUCCUUUCCUAUUAUUUUAUAUUCUUGUACAGGACUACUCUACAGAGGGCAUGAGUGAGUCUCAACUAAAAUUCCUUCAACAUCUCAGGGAGUUUGGUCUUGUCUUUCAACGAAAGGUAUUAGUUUAAUUUUCUUUCCUAUGUGGGAAUCAGCCAACAUUAUGCUAUGGGCUGUUAAUACUACAUUUUGUUGUGACCCUUUUGUAAAUAAUCUUACAUGAGUAUACUUAUCUAUGAAACUCUUUCAGCGCAAGUCAAGAAGAUACUAUCCCACUAGAUUAGCCAUUAAUUUGGCUUCAGCAGGAAUAGGUAUCAGUCACUUUUCUUUAAACCUUUUGACCUGUGAGAGUGAUUAGCAUUUAAUUUCUCCAGACAAUGUCACCCCUGAAUCACAUAUUAAAAGAGAGGAAAUUAUCACUAACUAAAAAAUCUCUUGAUUGUUACACAAAUUCUCCAUUAGCACCUUAGGCAAUGUUUAGGGAACAGUGUAGAGAAUAUAUACAUACUGAUGUUAGGGUAUUAAGGGUCAUAUGUAAACUGAUAUGGGAACAGGAAAGCAUUUAAUAAUUUCAUGUAGUUGUUGUGUAAAUAUUUGUUGGUGUAGAACGUCUAUUAGGUACUUUUUAUCUCGUUGAGAGAUUACUGAAAAUUCUUAUCUGUUUCAGGGAGUUCAACUGUCAGUAACACAGAUCAGAAGGGCUUUAUUGUAGUUGAGACAAACUACCGUCUUUAUGCAUAUACAAGUAAGUAGUGGUAGACAAGAAAUGUGAUGCUAGAUGUAUUUUAUCAAGAAAGUGAGGGAGAAUUGAAAGGCUCACCUCUGCUGAGUUUGGCCCAAAUUCCCAGGAAUUAGUAUCCUUCAAGGGCUUUGAGUUUUCUACCACUUUGCUGCUCUUCAAAAAAUCAAUAUACAGUGGAAGAUACCAAAUUUCAACUCAGUGUUGGUUUACACAUGUAUGUUAGUGUGUUUAAACAAAUUAGUACUCACUUUCCCUUCCCCCUCACAUUUUACUUGUUGACAGUUGCUCUCAGUGUUAAGUUUCAAAUUUUCUACUUUUGCUUGUUGACAGUUGCUCUCGGUGUUAAGUUUCAAAUUUUCUACUUUUGCUUGUUGACAGUUGCUCUCAAUUUUAAGUUUCAAAUUUUCUACUUUUGCUUGUUGACAGUUGCUCUCAAUUUUAAGUUUCAAAUUUUCUACUUGCUGCGCUAUUGCCACCCAAAGAACAACUGUCUUUGCAGUCAAGAUGAAACAAUGCACAAUUUGUUACCAUAUUCCUUGCUGUAUGUAAAAGUUUUACACUUACAUGUAUUAUCCAAUAGUUUUUUUGGGUUUAUUAAAAAAACCUAGCAACAGCUUACCCACUCAAUACAGCAAGAGGCAAGUGGCUCAUAUCUUGAGACAAGAUGCUCAUCUUUGACUGUCAACUCACUUUUGAGAAGCACUUUGUGAUUAAAUGGUUUACUAAUUUUCUCCUCCAACUACACAGGUUCAUCUCUGCAAGUAGCUCUUGUAGGAUUGUUCGCUGAGAUAAUCUGUAGGUCUGUAUUUUUUAAUGAACUGUGAACAAUUGAGUUGAUCUACCAUGGAAUUGUAAUUUAAAAUGUCUGUAGUUCUAUAUUCUCAUUAGUACAAAUUUGUAAACUAAUGAUUUUUAUGCAAUGCAUGUGAAGAUGUUUCUUAGAGAUGUUUCAAAGCUAGGCCAUUGUUCCAGUUGUUCAAGGAGUUGACACUGUACAAGUCAUGCCUCUUUUACUUUUUGUAGGUUUCCAAACAUGUGUGUUGGUGCUUUGACAAGAGACAGUGUUCAGCAGGUAAUGUUUUAGUGAAGUGAUUUUAAAAACAAAUUAUUAGACAAUCUAUUAUUGAUUUUCAGUGAGAAUUGAAACUCUUUGAAAUCUUUGAAUUUCAAUUUGAAAUUGAUUAGAGGAUAAAUUGACCACAGUAAUGAAUUUUAAAAAUUUGAUGUAGCAAACGUUCAACAGAAAUUUCAGAUUUUGCAACAGAGUAUGCAGGCUUUCUUUAAUGAUAAACUACCUCCUGAACUGGCUUGUAGGAGAACUGAAAAGAUCUAGUGUUUGUCUUGACUGAAAAUGUGAGGGCUUGGGUAUCCAAGAGUCAAAGCUUUGAAGGGUUUUAGUAGGCUCAAGUAUAAUUCCCAGAUGGGUAACUUGAAAUUCAGCCAAAAAAGGUCUUUUUGGCCUUUUUACAACUUGGAGGACCAAUAUAUAUGCAUGUAAUAUAUAUAUAUAUAUAUAUAUAUAUAUAUAUAUAUAUAUAUAUAUAUCUUUUAAAUUUGCUUGUUUGUUUUGUUUUGUGUUGCUUUUUUCAUUUGUUUGAAAGACCUCUUGCCUAUGUCCUCUCUGUGCAUAUAUCCUAUUACUAAUCUCAACAGAAUUCAGCCCAUGUUAAGCCCACGACUAAUGUUAUAGUUACCAGUACUGAAGUAUCUAUCUAUCUGUAGGCAUUGUCAAGUGGAAUAUCAGCUGAACAGGUUGAAUAUUAUUUUCUUUCUUCUAUCAGAUACUUGAAAAAAAAUUUCCCUUCCUUAAAAUGUUUAGUACACACUGUUUCAAAGUUGUGCAUAUGUGUAGGAAGUGAUAUGAAUCAGCUACAGUGCAAGAUAUUAUGUACUAACAGUAAAAAACAAAAAAAACAAAAAUUUUAUGUUUAUUAUUUUUUUGUAGAUUCUUCACUUUUUGAGGACUAGAGCACACCCUGAAAUGUUAAAAAAGGUUUGUAUGAAAAUUUGUUCUUUGUUCAAGUACAAGUUAAUCUUUUUUCUGAAAUAAUGAUACUUACUAUUUCAUGCUUUGUGGAUCAUGAAAAAUUUUGUAAGUUAGUUAUUUUUAAGCUUCAUUGUUAUUUUUUUCUAUCUCCUUGUUGUUUGUCUACCAAUAGAAUUGGUAUUGUCAAUUUAAGGAUAAUUCUUUACAGACAUAAAAUGUUAACAGUGUUGUUGCUCAGGACACUUUCCCUUAACUGAAAUUGGUCGAACUAACUGACAUAUUAAACAAAAACACUAAAAAAAUCCUUCAGAUACUUUUGAAGAGUUUCCCGCACAACUUUUAUCCAAAAAAAUCCCGAUAAAUGUCAGUAUCUUCGCAACUGCCAGACUAUCUCUCCCCUAACCCAACAUUAACCUUAACUUGUUAUCAGUCGAAUUUCGUUCGGUCAGGGGAGGGGUAGAUGUGCAGUUGCUCAGAUACUGACAUUGAUCCAAAAUCUCAUCAGAGGAGUGAAUGAGUCUUGGAGGUCAACUGAUCUGAGCGGAUAUUCAGUUAAGCCAGUCAGUUCUGACUUAUGUUUUCUGGCCACGUGCGUCAUGUUUCCUUCUGUCACUUAUUAAACGGCAAUCUCUUUACUUCCCAGAAUCCCAUCAUACCACCAACAAUAAGUGAUCAAAUUCGACUCUGGGAACUGGAAAGGAGCCGAAUGAAGUUCACUGAAGGUAAGGUCAUAGUAUCUUAGACUUAAGGGUGUCCUUAAGAAACUUACCCCUUUUAUUCAGUGCUCCAUUAAGUAUACCCAAACUGCAAGGACAAUAUAUUUUAACUCAAAUAAAACGUUAAGCAUAGUUAAUCAGUUUUUUUAAGGAGUCCAUGUCGCCUUACAUUUUUCGCAUAUAUGGUGUUAACCUUCCAGAGACCUACACUUAACAGAAAUAUUUUCUUUUCUCCGCAGGUGUGCUAUACAAUCAGUUCCUCUCUCAAGCAGAUUUUGAAACCCUAAAGAAGUAUGCUGAGGUAACAGACCUUGUGCUAGUAUCAUGAUCCACUGAACAUUACUAUACUUGCUCACCAGUAUUGAAACUAUGUUGGCUGGUUGUUACAUACACUCACAUUUUCUGAAUUUGAAUUAAUUGCACAAAGUGAAGUGAAUUAAAGUGAACGCAUGGGAAUUGAAAUGUUUGGGCAAACAAUAAGUCUGUUGUUUGUGUCUUUCGACUUUAAAUAUGUCAGUUUCCGUCUCAAAGUAAUAGGAACAGUUGAAUACCUUUCUCUGUACCUAUAUAUUUUGCAUUGGUUUUACGGCGCUCUCGCAACCAGAUUUAUUGGGGCGAUUAAUCGGAACAAAGAUUGACAUCGUCACUAGACAAUGACAACUCAAACUGCUUGAAGCGCGGGAAAACGCGAACGACAAAGUCGCAAUUAUUUUAAGUUUUGCGUCUGAUUGGUUUAGAGGGUGACGCGAGUUUUCUGGGCUAAUCGCAAAACGAAUUAAAAUAAAACAAAAUCAAACACGGAUUACUUCAACACUCAAUUCAAAAUUUCUCUAUUAUUCUAUCGAGUUUUUAGGCCAUUCAUCAGAACUUAGGCAAAGGACUUUCGCACUUAAUCUGUUUCUUCUACUUUCAAACUGUUGUUAUAACUGACCCUCUCUAUCGGUUUCUCUCUGCAGGAUCUUGGUGUUCUAAUGUGGGCUAACUCAUCAAAGAGAGUUAUUGUUGUUAGUCGCUCAGGUCAUGAUGACGUUAAAAGGUUUUGGAAACGACAGAAAAACACGUGA